AGCAAUGUAAAGAGAAGAGAGAAACAGAGUAGAGAAGAAAGAUAAUUUUUUCAUAAAAAUUGAAAACAAAAGAGAGAGAAUGAAACAGAGCAUUCUCCUUCUCAUUCUUCUCAUUCUCUGUCUCACCAUUCUUGGCACGACAACUCUUACUGAACAUUAAACGCACAUCAAUUCUCUGUUUUAAUCACCUUCUUUGAUUUUUCUUUCCAUGGCCAAGACCGGUGUCUUCGAUUCCGAUCCGACUGUCAUGGCCAAGGCGACUGAAUUAAAGAAGGAACUCCGAAAGCUAGUUAGGACCAUUGUAGAUGAUGAGGAUUACCCUAUAGAAAUAAUCGAUCAAGCCAAAGAAACGCUAUCUGCUUUAAAAGAAUUGAAGAUAAAGAAGAGAUCCUUGUCUCCGAAGUUGCGUGAAAUUUUGUUGCGUCCUCCUGAGGAGUUCAAGUGUCCGUUAUCUAAAGAAUUGAUGAAAGAUCCUGUCAUUUUAGCAACUGGAGAGACUUAUGAUAGACCAUUCAUCCAGAAAUGGCUGAAAGGAGGCAACCGGACAUGCCCUCUAACUCAGCAAGUUCUGUCGCACACAUACCUUACACCAAAUCACUUGAUAAGACAAAUGAUAUCACAAUGGUGUAGAAGUCAAGGAUUAGAGUUGCAGGACCCUGUUCACUAUGUUAAUGAGGAAGGAAUAACAGAAGCUGAUCGCGACCAUUUUCUGUCUUUACUUGAAAAGAUGUCGUUAACAAUUCCUGAACAAAAAGAAGCUGCAAAGGAGCUUCGGCUUUUGACAAAGAGGAUGCCCUCAUUCCGUGCGCUGUUUGGCGAAUCUCUUGAUGCCAUUCCUCAAUUGCUCAAUCCGCUCUCUACAAGCAAGUCCACAAGUGAGAUUCACCCUGAUCUUCAAGAAGAUUUGAUAACAACCCUUUUAAAUCUUUCGAUCCAUGAUAACAACAAGAAGCUUGUUGCUGAAACCCCUGUGGUAAUUCCUCUCCUAAUGGAAGCAUUAAGGUCAGGAACCAUCGAAACAAGGACUAAUGCAGCUGCAGCCCUUUUCACAUUAUCUGCUCUUGAUUCCAACAAGGCACUUAUUGGGAAAUCAGGAGCCCUAAAACCACUUAUAGACCUUCUAGAUGAGGGGAAUCCUUUAGCUAUGAAAGAUGCUGCUUCGGCAAUUUUUACCUUAUGUUUCAUACAUGAAAACAAGGCAAGAGCUGUGAGGGAUGGUGCAGUCAAGGUGAUUGUGAAGAAGAUUAUGAGUGGCGUGCUUGUCGAUGAAUUACUAGCUAUCCUUGCUAUUCUUUCUAGUCAUCAAAGAGCUGUUGAAGACAUGGGAGAGCUUGAAACUGUUCCUUGUUUGCUUCGCAUUAUCAGGGAGAGCACUUGUGAACGCAGCAAGGAAAAUUGCAUUGCCAUUCUCCACACAAUCUGUUUGUAUGAUCGAACCAAUUGGAAAGCUGUGAGGGAAGAAGAGUGUGCACAUGAAACAAUCUCCAAACUAGCUCGAGAUGGCACUUCAAGGGCCAUGAGAAAGGCUACUGGAAUUCUUGAGAGACUGAACAGAGCUAUUAAUCUUACGCAUACAGCAUAACAAGAUAAGUUCUGCACAAUGGCCAAGUUCAGCAAAAUGUAAAUUCUAAAUCUGUUCCCCGAUGCAACUCAGCUUAUCUGUGCCAUUCUCCCCAGCCUUUUUGUAAAUUCUCUUCACUGAAAACUUCUAUUCCAGGUUAAUGAGUUAGCCUUUGUGUAUAAAUUUGCCAUAAGCUUGUCA